AUGCCCAACCAAAACAGCAGCAACGGCAAACUCAAGACCGUGACAGUCCAACCACCCCGUCCCAACGAUUGCACGUAUUGGGUCACGGAAUCCUUGUUGGCGGGGGAAUAUCCCACGGAUCGUUCCUACGAUGACGACAAGACCCGCCAAAAGCUACGGCAAUACCUACAGAGUGGCAUUACCUACUUUGUGGAUCUCACGAGAGAAGGAGAAAAACUGCCAUAUGCCGAUCUGCUGCAAGAAGAAGCUGCCAAAUUGAAAUUGGACGUGGUGGUGUCUCGAUUUGCCAUUCCCGAUUUUGGAAUUCCGCAAAAGCCCCAACUCAUGGAGGAUAUCUUGACGGCCAUGGAUACGGCUAUUGACCAAGAGAAACGCAAAGUCUACGUGCAUUGUCGUGGAGGCAUUGGGAGAACGGGAACUACCGUAGGAUGUUACCUGGCUCGACAUGGAUACAAUACAGAUCCAGAAGAAGCUCUACAAGCAACCAACCAACUCUUUCAAAACUCGGGCAGAAGUCUGGAGAGCUCCGUCUCGCCAGAGACUGACGAGCAAAUGGACUUUGUGCGACAGUGGGCACAGCAAUCAUCUGCACCGAACCUGUAG